AUGGCUACAGAAGAGCAUGUCAGGCAUGUUGAAACAAUUAUCGGCCACACCUUCACGUCAAAGUUUCUUAUUCUCCUGGCACUCACGGCUGCAGGGGCGGACAAGGAGAAUUACGACGGCAAUAGAAAGUUAUCACAGCUUGGUGCCUCCCUGGUGGAUACGCUUCUAGCUAUCAUUGUAUAUGGCACAGGGGUGAAUAGAGAAUGUACUGCAAACCUGAGAAAAGAUUUUAUCAAGAAAGAGCAUUACUCCAUUGUAGCGAAACAGACAGGCAUCGAUAAAUGCAUCAAAAAGAAUGAGCGAACCGAAUCAGAAUCUCCCGAAGUCCACCGCAAGGCCAUCAAUGCAGUUAUAGCAGCUGUGUUUCUGGAUACUUGGGACGUUAGGUCCACUAUGCGUGUCACGCUGCGCCCUAACCUGGAAAGCGAAAGUGAUCUCUCUUGGUGCUUGAACGAGGAAUUUUUUUCCUCCGAUGGGUCCUUGGUCCCUAGCAACUCGAUAAAAAGCCUUAAUCCAGAUAGUCCAGUGUCUACGGGAGGACCCAGUACGAGAGGCUCCUUAGCUGCGUUAACGCACGAUAGUAGCCAAUUCCUGAACGCAUCGAGCGGCGGUGGUGAAAAUAAUCAGCCGGCUGCCAUCCGCGGGAGCCAGAUAGCAAAACGGCGGAGAACAUCUGCUAGCUGCUCGGUGAAUGAGUUUCAGGCUCAAAAGAGGACGAAAACCACAGCGCAAGGUUUGCUUCCUCUACAACCCACAUACUUCAGACAGCGCAUCCAAGACCAACUGUUGGGGGUUAAGAAUGAGCUCCUCGUAAUGCUUGCCAUAACCAUAGCUAGCCCUCAGCAGAUAGUAGCCCUGCGUGAGAUUCUACGCAAUGAAAGGGCCGGGAAAAGUCUCCAGUCGUGCUUCUUGAGGGGAGGUAUUUCCCGAAGGGAAAGAGUUGGGAUAAUAUUAGAGCUAGAUAGAAGGCUCUCAGUCACUCAACUUACCCGGUGGUACCACAUCAUCGACUUGUUUGAAGGAUGUGGGGGUCCUAAAACACGUUCCAUCACUGGCUAUGUGGUCACUACAACGGCCGAUUUCCAGUCUCAGAAGCAAGCCUUCGGGAACCCAUCCCAUAAGGACGAUGCGAAUGUAGCCCAGGCCAUGAUGAAGGAUAUCUUUCCCGAUGCGCAGCCGGGUACAGAGGAAUAUAAGAAAAAGAGCAAUGCAAUCAAAAGGAUCCGAAAGCUCGGGCAGCGGCUACAUAUCCUUGUGGAGAGAUUUGGUCGUGGGGUCCUUGGCCUUAUGUUGGGCCUGGACCGGGGAGACAGUGCCAAUAUGACUAUUCCGGAUCAAGUCCCGAAUGAUACGGCAUUUGCCGAGUUUGUCAGACUUCUUUCCCUCUCUCAGGGGGAACUCCUUCGCAAAUUCAGUAAAGCUAUCUUGCCACCUUUGAUAGCUCUGCUACAUGGCGCACUGGGCGAUACAGAGCCCUUCCCUCUGGAGAAUGUCGACCCACAGCAAAUUUUAUCACUGCCCAAGGGCUCCACAUCACUUUUGCGCCUGAUUUCGUAG